CGUUUUCUAAAGAAUGCGGACCUUAAAUCCGAAAUUGCAUGACGGAAUGAUAAAAGACAUUGAAAUCAACCAACACAUUUCAAAAUAAAAUCAGAGAGAAAAUGACCAGGUGUUAUGUUAAAAAUGAUAAGACUGGCAAUUCAUCAAUUCUACAUUUCUUUAAAUUUUGAUGAAGGUUUAAUCAUCCUUCAACACUGAAGUAGCUUGAUUAAAUAAGUUAACAAUGAAUAGGUCAGUGAAGUUAAUUGUCUCCUUAUUUUUGAUAUCCCAAACUAUAUCAGGUAUUUCUUCCAUAGACACAAUCCUUUUUUCGUGCCAUUUCGUGAGAGGCACUUGUGACAUGAAAAAUGAAGAAAGAGCAAGGGCAUUUUGGCAAAAUGAAUAUUUGCAUAAAGGAAGAAGAAUGG